AUGAUGACCUCAGCAGACCGGUCCCUGGAGGACAUCCUGUACGGCCGGCAGCCGCACGGCAACAGCCCGGAGACGGGCGGCUGCCGUGGCGAUGGAGAUGCAACCCAAAACAGUAGAGCCAGGACCUGGUCUAGACCAGGACUAAGACCUGUUCUAGGCGGGGGGUCCCGGGGCUGUCCAGCGGUUCCUAGCCCCCUCUCCCUUUGUCUCCAGGAUGGACACGCCCCCUCCUUUCAGGAGCCAAUCCUGUGUGCGGGUUGUGGCGGGCGGGUCGUGGAGCGCUUCUUCCUAUUGGCCGCGGGCCGGGCGUGGCACGGCGCCUGCCUGCGCUGCUGCCAAUGCCAUCGAGAGCUGGAGACAAGCCCCUCCCUCUACUGGAGGGGCGGCAACACCUACUGCCAGCAGGACUAUUGCAGGCUGUUUGUGAUAGGUCGAUGCGCUCGCUGCCAACAGCCAAUCCCGUCGACCGCUAUGGUGAUGCGCUCGGGAGAGUUGACCUUUCACCCCCACUGCUUCUCCUGCCAGGAAUGUGACAUCACUCUGCUGCCUGGCAACCUCUACUUCCUGCAGGGGCGGAGCCUUUACUGUCAGUCCCAUUACCAUGGCAAUACACCCCAUAACACUACAAGUGGAAAAGAAGAGGAGGAGUCUGCCAGCAGCCCAGAGUCGCGAUUGGAUGACAGGGGGGAGUCGGCGGCCGGGGGGCGUGUCCGCCGGCAGAACAAGCGAAUCAGGACGUGCUUCCGCAGCGAGCAGCUCCGAGCGCUGGAGUCCUACUUCGCCCAGAAGCACAACCCGGACGGGAAGGACUGGACCUGUCUGGCCCACAAGACAGGCCUGCCCAAGAGGGUCCUCCAGGUGUGGUUCCAGAACGCCCGAGCCAAGAUGAGGCGCUCCGUCUCCGUUGACGACUCUCCAACCGCCUCCAGGGCCGAAACCGUGGCAACCAGCCCCCCCUCCCUCUCCCGCUCCCCCCUCUACUCCACCAGCACCAUCGACCAAUCACAGCUCUCCCUGCUAACCAACCCGCUUGACGUCCCACCCCCCGCUGACCAAUCAGGGGGUUCCAACCACUCCUUCCUCCUGGACUACAACUCUCAGGGUGCACCGGGGUGGAGCUCGCCUCUUGGGCGCUUCCAGGAAGGAGACGAACCAAUGGGGAGAGAGGGAUUAUGUGAUGACACCUUGAGACACUUCUACAGUUAGACUCAUGGGUGGAGGCCUCACCCCUGACUCCAGCCGCUGUGACCCCCGGGUGGAGGCCUCACACCCUGACUCCACCCGCUGUGACCCCCGGGUGGAGGCCUCACACCCUGACUCCACCCUCUGUGACUCAGGGUGGAGGCCUCACACCCUGACUGCACCCUCUAUGACUCAGGGUGGAGGCCUCACCCCUGACUCCACCCGCUGUGACUCAGGGUGGAGGCCUCACCCCUACUCCACCCGCUGUGACUCAGGGUGGAGGACUCACCCCUGACUCCACCCGCUUCGACCACCCUCUGGGACUCAGGGUUCAGUGGUGAUUCUCUGGUUCAUCACAAGUUUGAUUUGUGUGGAGUUGUGUGUGUGUGUGUGUGUGUGUGUGUGUGUGUGUGUGUGUGUGUGGAGGUGUGUGUAUUUGGAGGUGUGUGUGCGUGCGUGCGUGCGUGUGUAGAGGUCUGUGUGAACACAACACAGACAUAACCUUCCUAUUUCCCCUCUAAAUGAGGACCUCCACGUCUAAGGAGAAGCGCUCUGAGAGGAUCCAUGGGCUCUGCUGCCCAUCUGGAACCGGGGGCCCUAGGCUAGCUCCUCUCUGGUGGAAUCCCUUCUGAUGGGACAAAUACUGAGGUUCCGUCAGGCAUGCUUAAGUUCUGUUAGGAUAAUUACUGAAGUUCUUUCAGGCUAAAUAUUUUUGUUAUGUUAGGCUUAAUACUUAUGUUCUGAUAGGCUAAGUACUUAAGUUAUGUUAGGCUAAAUUCUAAACUUAUGUUAGGCUAAAUACUUAAGUUCUUUCAGGCUAAAUAUCUAUGUUCUGUCAGGCUAAAUACUUAGGUUUUGUUAGGCUAAAUACUCAAGUUCGAUUUGGCUAAAUACUUAAGUUCGAUUUGGCUAAAUACUUAAGUUCUGUCAGGCUAAAUAUUUUAGUUAUGUUAGGCUAAAUACUUCCACAAAUUUUAAAAGAGAAGAUAGAAGAUCACGUAAUGUUGCAAGUAGUUGUAGCAGUAGUAGUAGUUUUGAUGCUGUGAAGAGAUUAACAGGUUGGUAGUUUGCAAGAUGAUGUAUACUGUAAACCUGAUGUUUCUUGCUGAGAUUAUAGAUUUAGAAUUCUAGCAAAAUGUGCAUUAUUACCAAGUAAUAUCAGUACAUAUACAUGAUUAGUAAUAUCAGUACAUAAACAUGAUUCGUAAUGUCAGUACAUGAAUAGUUUGUUUCUGCUCUGUUGAGUGAGUUUUAUGACCAAUAGAAAACACAUGUGCCCUAGAAGUGACUCCUUAGCCUACAGUAGAGUGAAGUGUGAAUAAAUAAAUCCCUGUUGA